AUGGCGAGCGCCUCCGUCGCCUCCUCCUUCAGUCUCCAUUUUUCUGGCAACCAAAGGAGACUGCGUGGGAGAGAGAAAGAUGGUGUCAGGGUCCGGCGUUUGCGCGAAGCGCGUGGUGGUAGACGCACGCCACCACAUGCUUGGCAGGCUCGCUUCGAUUGUGGCCAAGGAGCUCCUCAACGGCCAGAAGGUGGUGGUGGUGCGGUGCGAGGAGAUUUGCAUCUCCGGUGGCUUGGUCCGUCAGAAGAUGAAGUACAUGCGAUUCCUCCGCAAGCGGAUGAAUACUAAGCCUUCUCAUGGCCCCAUCCACUUUCGUGCCCCUUCCAAGAUUUUCUGGCGCACUGUUCGUGGAAUGAUACCACAUAAGACAAAGCGUGGGGCAGCGGCUCUUGCAAGAUUGAAGGUCUGUGAAGGCAUACCUCCACCAUAUGACAAAAUGAAGAGGAUGGUUGUCCCUGAUGCCCUAAAGGUGUUGAGGCUUCAAAAAGGACACAAGUACUGCUUGGUGGGUAAAUUGUCUUCCGAAGUUGGAUGGAACUAUUAUGAUACCAUCAGGGAAUUGGAGAAAAAAAGAAAAGAGAGAGCACAAUUGGCUUAUGAGAAGAAGAAGCAGCUGAAUAAAUUGAGGUUGAAGGCUGAGAAAAUUGCAGAGGAAAAGCUGGGUUCCCAACUGGAAAUCCUUGCUCCAGUCAAGUACUGAUUUUUUUUUUUUUAAUGAUUAUUGGGUCGUGUUUAAUAUUUUCAAAUUUCAAGUAUACAAGGUUGAUCGUGACACGAUUUUUGUUAAUUUCAUUCAUAGACCCUUGG